AUGGCCGCUGUCGAAUACCAAGAACUCGUCAACAACUGCUGCUCCUUCUGCUGCAAGGCCAUCGACUUUGGCACCCACGACUACUGCCCGGCCAGCGAGCACCCUUACAAGGGGUGCCCUUAUUGA